AUGCGUGCUGCUUGCGAACGCGACACACUGCCCGCUGCAGUAGAGACCAUGUCGCCCCAGAGCUCACCAGAGGUCCUGAGCAGCCGGAUGCCAGCCUCGCUCGAGGAAGCCCUGGUGAAGCUCCGGCAUGAUGAUCAUCAGCUGCAUUUCAGCCACGACGACGACAACCCGUCGUGCUGGGACUUGGGCCAAGGCUUGGGGAUCACCCUCCUCCGAACGGCCACGCGCGACGCACCGGUCAGACUGGCGGCCACCGCAACAGCCUCGGCGACCGCGCUACCCGACGCGUGCUUUCAAUCAACACCGUCAUCGCCGCCGCCAACAGCCGCCACAAACCCUACGGGCAACCGCACCGGAAAGCCGGUAGCCCUCUGCGACUUCCUGGCGCGCCGGCUCCACGCCGCCAUCGCCGCCGCCUCCCCCGCGGCGUCCUCGCACGGCAUCCGGUCCGACUACGACAGCGAGGCCGUCGGGCAGUUUGUCCUGGAAACGAACCGCGCCGCUGUUUCCGCCGCCACCGGCGCGGUGAGCGUGGUGUUUGAGGUCUUGCCGGCCCGCGGGGGCGGCGGCGGUGGACCCCGGCAGCUGUGUGGAGGCGCACAGGAGCAACAGCAGGAUAGAGGUCGGGGGGCGGAGAUGGCGGAGGUUCUGCGUGGGAUUGUGAAACAGGCCCUGUUGGGCUCCGUCCACCCGGGCGGGGGGUUGGACGCCGCUGCGGCCCGUGCACACGUUGAGAGCGUCGAAGACCAGAGGCACCUGCGUCGGCUCGUGGCGGCCAGCGACGGCGUGGCCUUCGUCGCGGACGGAUGCGUGCUGCCCCGGAGAGGGGGCUCGGACGACAGGCCCAUGGAGAUCUCGAGGGGGGCCGUCCCCUUCCACAGCCCCGAAUCCCUCCGGAGGGAGUUCCGGCUGCCGCAUCGGGGCGUCGUCAAGGGGAUGCUCGUGCCGAGGGGGGUGACGGUGAUCGUCGGUGGCGGCUACCACGGAAAGUCUACCCUCCUGCGAGCGCUGGCCAUGGGCGUGUACGACAAGGUCCCCGGGGACGGGCGAGAGCUGGCCGUGGCGGACCCCGGUGCCGUGACGAUUCGGGCGGAGGACGGCCGACCGGUCUCGUCGGUAGACAUCUCGCCCUUCAUCUCUUCUCUCCCGUCGGCAGUCGCAGUUCCUCCUGUUCGCGCCGCCCCCGCCGGAGGUGUUGCCUCAGCUGCAGCCAGCGAAAGCACGGCAGCGGCUGGCGGCGGCGGCGCCGUCGGCGAUGCCGAGGGCGGCACGGUAGAAACCAACGGCGGUAGCGGCAGCGGCGGCGGCGGAGAGGGAGUGACGACCGAGCGGUUCUCGACGGGAGCCGCGAGCGGCAGCACGUCCCAGGCGGCCAACGUCAUGGAGGCCCUGGAGGCAGGGGCGACGGCGCUGCUGCUGGAUGAAGACACCUGCGCCGGGAAUUUCAUGAUAAGGGACAGCCGUAUGAGGGCUAUGGUCAGCCAUGAGCCCAUCACACCGUUCAUUUAUCGAGUGAGUUCGCUGUGGCUGGAGCUGGGAGUGUCGUCGGUGAUUGUGGUCGGAGGGUGCGGCGACUACUUCGACGUCCACGACACGGCCCUCCUGGUGGACAACUACGUUGUUUCCGACGCCACGGAGCGUGCGCAUAGCAUAUCUCGACGGUUUUGCGUGGGGCGUGUCCAAUACGCCGGAAGGGGUUUGGUCCACCGCCUUCCGUGGCCGGGGGAUCCUCAACCGCGUGCUGUCGUUCCCGAGUCAGUUCUAAUACGACUUGCUGCAGCAGUGGGGGCGGGUUCUAACGUGAAGAGAAAACGAGAAGGGGAUGGCCGUGGUGAUGACGGCGGCGUGGGAUUGGUCGAGGAAAGUAGCGGUAGUGUCGGCGACGGGUGGCGGCGUCAGAUCGACAGCACUUCCAACGGCGAUCGGUUCUGCGACGAGUCGACGAUCGCAGGGAACGCUAAGGGGGGUCGUUGGAACCCCGGCCACCCGCAGGCCGAAGAUGCCUCUCCCUGCUGCUGCGGCCGUGGCCACCGCGGCGGGAGCAGAGGCCCUCCAGUCGACCUUUCUAGAGUGGGCCAGCUCGUGGGCGGUGGGGGGAUGGAGAGGGGGUGCGCGCUCGGCGUGGAUUUCGUCGCGAGGGCGACGGAGCGAUCCCCGGGCUUCCUGUCGGUUUCGGGAGCGCUUGAUUUGCUGGACGCCGCAACAGGGUGCGGAGGCGGGAGGGGGAGUGAUGGCGGCCUCGGUCUCGAAGCACUGUUCGUCCGUGAUACCGGGGUUGCGGCGGAAGGCCGUGACACGCAGCAGGCCACGGCAGCAGAAUCGACGACAGCGAAUUCGAUCCUUGGCAGGCCGCUUGUUGCGUUGCCGAGGCGGUUCGAAGUCGCAGCUGCUUUGCACCGGUUUCCCGGGGUCCAGUUCCGGUCGGCUGCCCCAGUAACGCCGGAAGACGACCGGGAGGAAACCGUCCCGACGGAGGGUAUGAAGGAGGGGGAAGCGACAUAGGCGAGCAACACCAGAUGGGAGGGUGUGUGCGUUUUCGGGGAGUGCUGGUGUCAUGUUUUCUAGUGGUCGCCGGUGGACUGCUGUUGCGAGGGUGCAAGGUUUUAGUUGUUGCGCGCACGGGGGGAAGGCGGCACCGUGAUGCCAAGCCUAUAUUUCAUUUCACGAGUGAGUUUGACAGCAGCAGAUCUGUCUUCGUUUUCUUUUUUUGCGGAUAAUACGGCGAGAUGAGCGAACGGUGCGGCGCGAACGAGCGCCGAGCUCCUUUCAGGAACCCAGUACCAGAUGGCGUUCGAAGGCUGGGAGAUUGAGGGUACCCGCUAUUGUUUCUCACUGGCAGAAAUAUAUGACAGAGGCAGAUGAUCUCGGGCGUGAGGUGUAGGGGUUUCAAUUCAAGACAGCAAGAUGCGCGACACCGU